CUUUCUCGCGCCCAAAUCGCCAACACGCCCUCAACCCACGGGUCGCGCGCCGCUAGACUCCCGAGUGUUUAAAGUGGUGGUGGUGGUUGUUGUUGUGGUGGUGGUGGUGGUUGUUGUUGUGGUUGUUGUUGCUGCUGCUGCUGCGCCGUUUUGGCAAUCGAGAGUAAGUCAUCAACCAACCCAGCCGACAAGUCGUCGUUCUUAGCAGCCCCCCCCACACGCACACACGCACAACCAGGAAGGAGAGAGAGAGGCAUGUGUGCUGCGUUCAAUCCCUCCGCCAGCCUGCUCGACGAUUCGGCGCCCAGGCAGUAUGACCCCGACUUCACGCAGGACAUCAGCGAGAAGAUGAGAAUCCCCAACACCCUGAAGGUGGCAUCCACCGAGGCUGACGCCGGGCAGGAGUCCCCGUGGCCCCAAACGCAAAACUCACACUAUCAUCACCCGGCGAUGGUGAUGGAGGUGCCGGAGAGAAUCAUGGUCGCCGACUCCGGGCAGGACCCCAGCCGCUCGUCCAUGCAAGGUCCACGGUUCUCCGUGGAGCUCCCGCGAGAGAUGUUCCACCUGCAGACUCCGCCGCGCGUGCUCACGCUGGAGGAGCAGCCGCUGGACUACAUCAGCCUCGUGCCACCGGCAUCGUCGCCCUCCGUGGCGGCCGAGACGCCAUCGAGACCGCCGGUGCAGCGGAGAAAGAACCCAGGUGCUCGGCCGUACAGGGAGCGGUCGCUGAGUGAGCGAGGACCUCGGCUGGGCACGCCCGCUCAACGGCAGCAUGCCCCAAGAUCCCUUCUCAGUCCUUCCAAAUCCAGCCCUUCCCUCAAUCCGCUCAGGCAAGAACUGGUGCUCGUGGAUGACGUGGGGGAGGAUCAGUACGCAGACGGUCUGGAGCUGGAUCUUGCAGUAGUGAACAGUCAGGUUUCGCGGCUGGCGGGCCGGUUGCAGGCGGUGGAACGCGCCGCUCACGCUCGCCAACGCCGAGAGGUUCUGCUCUUCUCACUCACCGGGCUCGUCUUCCUCAUGAACGGGUGGCUCUGGCUGCGACGGUGAUGCAGGUGGCACGAGGCUGCGCUGCACUGAUGCUUCCCCCAAUGAGUGAGAAGCUGCGGCCGCCCAGUUUGACCGGUGUGAAAUUCACAAAUGAAAUCCCCUUUAUUUUUAUUUAAAAAAAAUCUGACUUUUUCCAGGGGUGGUUGCUCAGCUUUUGCGAGAGUCCCUAAGCCCGCGGUCGAAACUCCACGAUCCUAUGGCAGGGCCAGUAUAUCCGUAGGAUUUUCACCUAAAGCUUUCGUGACUGCAGGAAUUCAUAUUCGUUGGGUCUUUCGGUAAAGUCACGUAGAUAGGUUAAAAGAAAAUAACAAAAAAACGACGACGUUUCGAUCGCAACACAAGCGAUCGUCAUCAGGAGGACGAUUAGGAGAUUCACUGUUGACUUCCCACUAAGUGGCACGCUUGUUGCCGACACCGGAGGACGAACACCAGAUAGGAAUUCGAGCUCUCGGUCGUUUACCACCAGCGGGACGUGUUGGACUGUUGGUGACGUGUGCACAUCAUUGUGCCCGUUGCCCGUAUCGCCGUGUAUAAACUAAACACUCUUCACCCAAGGGCAGGGGUGCCGAACUUAUGGCCCAUUGGUCCAAUGUGGCCCGUGACAUAAUUUAAUGUGCGCCGUCACCCCCCUCUUCCCGAGCCACACGAGGUUUACCACUUCGAAAUGGCCUGCAAGACAUUUAUCCACUGCAAGCAUCGUAGCCGGACUUUUUGGGUACUAGAGGAAUAUUUUUGACACCGUGUCAAUGUCGAGCACGCACAAUCACCUGUAAAGGUGAGCCGUCAUCUCUUUUCACAUUAUUAUUGGAUAACACUAAGGUGCGUGUUAAUAUGUGGCAUGCCAAAUAUAUAUUUAAAAUUCCUAUUUGGUCCCGAGUCAGGAUUAAGGUUCCUCGCAUCUUUUCUGCGUGCAUCUCCCCGAGCUGCGAAGGCUACUUUCUUUCCAGUUGCGUUCUGUUGUGAGAUGUUUAGAACGAGUACUCCCUGCCCACUCGUCACCGAAUCUAAUCGCACAAUUGGGGACCACCGCAAUUGGUAAAGGCAGUUGAUUGUACCUCGUUUUUAUUUUACAAUGCAUUCUUAUUGAUCUGCAGUCCGUAUGGACCACAGCCGACAAGUUUUUUUUUUAUAUCCACGUCUGCAAAUAUAAUUUUACAAUCAUCACCCAUUCAGAUAUUUACUAAGCCACAACGUUCCGUUGCAAAUAUACAAAUCUCCGUGCAGACACGUACUGAAUUGGCCUGUAAUAAGGUGGGCUUUUAGUGUUUAGUUUGUUGUCCUUCCCCCCCACCCGCACCUCAGAUUAGCACGGUUGGCUACGUACGGUGCGAAAGAAGUUCAACACACGUACAUCCAAGACGUCACGGAAAAUUCCGUUGACGCCCACUGCAUCACGCCAUCUCUUUCCCCUUUCUGUCAGAUCCCACAUCUGCUGUACAAUCGACACCCGACCUCAAGCUCUGCUCUUGAGUCUCCACGCCCACCUGGCUCUAGGGUCUUUUUCUUGGGCGCAGACGUCUGGAUUUCACUUCAAUGCCUGUCUCGGUAAACCGUUCCCCCUCCGCUAUGUGCUUGUGUUCCGCCCAUCGCAACUUGUCGUUGCCGGUGAACUUUACUUGGCCGCCACGUGCGAUUCGGAUCGCAGCUGUGUUCUAGCAUCCUGACUGCAGGGGUGAUGGAUCACGUAGAGUUGUGAGGUUCCCACCGAUGGGGCUGAAGGGCAGUAAAGGAAGCAGGUUUCUCUCACCCAUGUUUGAGGGCUUGUCAGUGUUAGGCUGCCAUAUGGAAUCUGUGGAUUUCUCCACUUAACUCCAAUUUCCUCCCAGACAAAUAAAAACUGAAGACAUUUUGGCGUACCAUAUAGCAAGCGUUCGAAACAAAUCCAUACGAAGUUAUUUUGUCAUUAAACUUUAUUAUAUCAUGUACAAGCACAAUAUCUUUGCUAAUCCACUGCUGGAUGAGGGCUUCCCUCGCUGUGCGUGGGUUGUGGGGGUAAUCUAACCAACCAUGCUCCCUCCACGUUGUCAGUGCGGGUCGGUGAAGGUGGGCGGAGCAUAGAUGUGGCAGAGAAGGCCGCAUGUUGUCCCGUGGAGCCACUCAUGGCGGCCCGGUCACACGUGUGUCCAGGAUGAUGCAUAGGUGCGUGGGGGUCACGAUUAGUGCACAAGCACGGUGCCGAACUCGCGGCCCGCCCAGGUGAAGGAGUGCCGCUCAUAGUGGCCCACUAACUCGUCUGGGUUGCCCACCGCUGACAGAGACGGCAUGUAUAGUAAAACAAUGGACUUUGCCCAUGCAGCCACCUAUGAUGCCCUUGUCUGUGCGUGGCGGUCGCCCAGGCAAGCACUCGUACCAGGCUUUGACGAUGCUCGGCUUGAGAAAUUUGACAAGAUGCGGUGCACUGCGAGAGAUUUUUUGGUCACGGGCAUGACCAUCCCAUCCUGAAUAGGUUGAGUGACUCGGCUUCCGGGCUCUGCCGCGUGUGUAGAGGUGUAAUAUUACGAUGAAUAAAUUGGCAUCAGUCCUUUCAUUAAUUGCCGCGAAUAUUAUACUUAUACCGCAUUAAUAUAUACAUGAUUCAAAUGUAUCUGAAAUAAUUUAACCAUUUGACAAUCUACACUCGGAUUCAUUACCUGUUUUGUAAGGGAUCCCGGAGUGUCUGAUUAUGAUUCAUUUAAUUACUCAUGAAUACAAUUCCUUACACUCCUGAUGCUCCAUCAAAGCGUGCACAUUCGAUUCGGUUACGCCAGAGGUCGCAAACGGGUUUUGAUUCCUUACCCGUACUCGGCUGCACCAGGGUCGCAAAUGGGUACCCGGUACCCGUACCCGGCCGGGUACGGUUACUCGUUCCCUACCCGUACCCGUACCCUACCAGAAAUGAGUGACAAACGGUUACUCACCAGUGACUCACGGCCUACCCGUACCCGGCCGCACCAGGGUCGCAAACGGCUACCCGUACCCGUACCCGGCCGGGUACGGGUAGCCGGGUAUCGGGUAGGGUACGGGUAUCGGGUACCCGGUUGCGACCUCUGGGUUACGCACAUCUGGUCAGCAUCGAAAGAGUUUGCUUCUGCGUCGGCCCUUCUGCUGCCAGUGGCAUCAGCAAGCGGUAGCAAGGGUUGGCGCCUCUCCUGAAGCACGAUGGAGCAGUCGAAGGAACCCGUGCAAGCGAACCACAGAGAUGUAUACCGACGAUACACUUAGGCUCAUGGAGCGAGCAAGCGUCGAUGCAAACGAGAUGGUACAGCUGCAAAAAAAAUGUUUGCCGAAAUUAAUUGCCGCUUCAAUCCAACCAUGACCUCGAAUCUUGACAAUUCGUCUAAUCGCAUCUCGUUUUUUCGAGGGUCGGUUGUCGUUUUGUUUUGCAGUGGCUAGAUUACAACGAAUGUGUGCUUGGUUUACACUUUAUCUGUGGGUCAGUUUUUAAUGCCGUAGUUUAAUCGUGAAAUUGAGAUGGGGAAACAUCUGCAGAGAAUGAUUGGAAUCUGUUUUUCUUGUCGCUUUUGGACUUGUGCCAAAUGUGUCCCCGCGGUUUCAAAGAGAGACACUCACAAACGGCAGCAGUAAGCAAUGGCGGGGGCUGUAACUGUACUGAUGACUCCUAAUUAGGCUUAAACCGGUCUACAGUUUCGAUUUAAAGCUUUCGUGACUGCAGGGAAUCAUCUUCUUGGUUCUUUCGGUAGUCACGUAGAAGGGAAAUAAUAAAACAUAAUAAAAUACAAUUCUCACGACGUUUGCGUUGUGGCCGAAACGUCGUGAGAAUUGUAUUUUAUUAUGUUUUAUUUGUAUUAUUUUAUUAUUUCCCUUCUACGUGACUUUACUGAAAGAACCAAGAAGACGGUCUACAGUUGUCAUUCCUCUUCUACUAAAUACUUACAAUUUAAAUGGACUGCAAUUUCAUCUCUGUUGAGAUGGUGUGGCGAGUGUCGGCCACGUGCGCAAAUUUUGUGGAAAUGGUGAUGCCACCACCGCGAUAUGCAAAGUAUGCUCUUUGGCUUCUGGUUGGCUUUUGCCGUACAAUGUAUUACACUGGUCAACACACUUUUUCUGGCAUAAGGUGUUCCAACGGUUUUAAGGUAAUUUUGGGGUGCUGAUUCCAAAUUUGGCAUCAGUUUUUGUCUAUCACAUGAGGUUUUUGAGAUAUCAAAUACUGCAUUUUCAAUAAAAAUUGCAGAAGAAAAAUAUUAAAUAAAUGUGGAUAUCUACAUAAAAUUAUAUUAUAAACACACUAUCCUAAAAAUACAGCACCAUAUUUUAACACUAAAGCAGUCACUGACUCGCAACAACUUGCAAUCAUAAGUGACAGAGUUAAUUUCGGGUAAAAUCAAUGAAAAUGGGGUAUGCCGAUAGCAUAAAAAUGAGAUGUGAUGGAGCAAAUCUGAGAAUCAGAUUUGGAAUCAGCACCCUGAAAUUAGUUUAAAACAGCUGCAAAAGUCCAGGCCAGAAAAAAAUGUUUUUUUUUGUCGACCAGUGUUAUCAUAGAGGGCAUUGUCGCCAAAGGGGAACGUUGGAUCCCACUGACUGCCCUGGUAGUAGAUGCCGAACGUAAACCACCACGCGUAAACGUUACGUCGAUUCAUCUUCUUGGUUCUUUCGGUAAAGUCACGUAGAAGGGAAAUAAUAAAUAAUAAAAAUAA